AUGGUCAAUGAAAAUAAUUCGUCAAAUAUUGAUUUUUUUGAUUCGAUGCGAAAAAUUUUUGAUAGCGUUGAUUUGAAUCGGUCUGGAUUCGCUCCUUACGAACGGCUGUGUGCCAAAUGUGAAGAUCGUCAUUUUUCUCCUCAGUUUCCUCCUUCAUUUUUCACCUUUGUUCGACGCUUUUGCCUUCCAAAUGGUUGUAUAACAUUUGAAAGCUUUAUAACAGCUGCGUACCAGUCCUUUACCGAGCAGAAUUCGCAUAACCACGAUGUUGAGAAAAGAAAAUUUGGACCAAAAAUGGGGCUGAUUGGCUUGGAUUGGAAAACUGUUCAUAAUAAUCAGUCUGCUGUAACGAGUAAAAAUGCACUGGAGAACUAAGAUCAAAAAAAGCAAAAUGAAUACAAUCGAUCAUCGUAUAUCCGGUAUCGACCUCAAAGUACCAAUUCUUUUGCUUCAAUCGUAUCAUCGGGAAUGGGUGAAAUCCAGAAUUCGUAUGCUUCGCCCAAAUCAGUACCGCUUGUUAGACCAAAUUUUCACGAACAGCCCCAGGUGGUAAGUAUUGUCAAUAUACCAAUAAGCUUGAGAUUUCCGUUGAAUGCAUUUAAAAUGAAAUGGAAUGGGAAACACACGAAAUAUCAAAGAGAUGGCGAUGCUCGAACCAAAAAUUGA